UGCUGUGAGCUGUCAGUUUUCGGAAAACAAUUACAGAACUUCCUGCCUACAAAAACAUCGUGAUUUUCAUGGGAAAUACGUGAAGAAUGAGCGAUUUGGAAAUUUUAAUUAAGGUCCCAUUUCCGUCCAAUCGACACGCGGAGAUUGCCUACGACGUCCUUCGCUUGGACGCAGAACCACGAAGGAAUCACGUUGAGAAGUCCCUCAUUGUUGAGGGGAAUCUCCUUGUUGUAAACUUCUCUGGGGGAACAGCAAAAGCCCUCCGGACGGGGUUAACAUCAUUCUUUGACAAUCUUCUCCUUUCCUGCGAGACAAUGGAAGCCUUUGGGCCCCCAUCGACAAAAUACAAUCACUACUGA